CUUCCAAACUCCUCUGUGCAGACGGCGGGAAACGUGCUAAAGAUGGUUUCAUUUGAGUUCCACCUACACAGUGCUACAAAAAAGAUAUAAUGGAAGUCAAUUUGUGAUUCGAAUUUGCUGAUUUUAUUAAGAAGAAACUACCAACAAUAGACACUUAAACUGCCAGACCAGAUAUCGCCCAUAUCCAUGACUGUGGGGAUGACAGAAGAGACAUGCCAGGAGCAAAGGGGGGAAGGAAAUGAAGUAAACAUGAAGAGGCCUUUGUCGAUCACUGCCCUCAGCACCAUCGCUGUUCAGUCUGGACAAACGCAAAUAGUUGUCUCUGUGCUCAAGAGUGGCUCCUCUGUGCACCUACAGUUGGUUCAUGUUGAGCCAGGACUCUGUGAGAUUGGGUCAAACCAAGAGGAAAACCAGACCCUGAUACGUGAACAGAAACAGCUGCUGGGAAAGCUGCAGAAACAUGAGAACGAAGUGCUGUUGUCCGUUCAGAGGAAGUGUGAGGAGCAGCAAAGACAGAGGCAGGACAGAUGGAUGUGUGAGGAGAGGAGGACGCAGGAGGAGGAUGAAAAAGAGGAGGGAGUCUACCAGGCCAUGGAGAACUCUCUGAGAGAGGGCUGGGUUCUGCUGCUGCGGAUGCUAGACAGACGACUCCAUGUUCUGAUACUGGCUGCAGACUUCUACAGCACAGUGCACGAGUUUUCUGCUGGUAAUGAGCUGCUUGGGGAUUUGAAGAUCACACCUGACAGACUUAAUCAUGCUCAGCUUACUUACACAUCUAUCCGAAGAGAUCUCCUGGGGAAGUCCCUUCAGCUCUUGGGCAUCAGCAGUGACUUGUUGAAGAAGCUGAGAGAACUGCAGAAAACUGAGUGUCUCCAGAGGCAAGGGCAUGUACUGCAGGAAGGAGAGGAAUAUCAAGAGAGUUCCGAGUACAGUUGGGGCCCUGUACGUAAGCUGGAGCAGACGGUAGAGGCUCUGCAGGACCGGAGGAGGACAGUGGACCAAGAGGUGAAACUGCAGAUACAACAAGCCCUAGAGCAAACCCAGGCACAGCCUCAAGACCAGGGACCCAGAGAGCAGGAGGAUUGGGGUUUGUCAUUAGAUGAAAUUUUGGCACGAAAUCGUCCCUCUACAUCUGAAAUGAAAUUUGAUCUCGAAUUAAAACUGGAAAAUGCCAACAUUCCUCGAAAACUACCCCAAGUAUCCGUCAACACAACAGAGAUAGAAGAUGUCAACUUUGCGUCUUGCUCUGAUCUCGUAUCUAUGUCCUCAAAUGAAACCCUUGAUAGAAAUUCUGGAUGCAUUUUAGCAGAGGAGGAGGGAUUGCGUGUCGAAUCCAGAAGAGGAGAGAGGGAACCAACACCAAAAUGUGAAUUUAUGGGAACUCAAGAAACCACCAAUGGAAACACAUCGACAAAGUCAUUGGAGUCCAUAGAGGAGGACAAUGAGGAGAUCAAGCAAGAGUUUAUGCAUGAAGAAUUCCUAAAUAUUGAGGCAGUAUCGGAUACUGAGUUGGACAAUUCAUCAAGUUUAAAAAAUGACUUAGAAAUCAGGUUGGAUCAACAGGCAGAAGAUGUGUCUAUUCAGAAAAUUGUAGCAAAUAAGAAGUCAAUGACGAUAGAUAUGUUUCCCUUAAAAUGCAGUAAAAAAACACAUUCAGAUACAAAAUUGGAAUUGCCGCCAAGACCAUUGCCCGUUUUUAACCUUGCAUCACUAAGACUGCAGCCAAAAUUGCAAGUAACAAAAGAUUGGCUUGUUAGGUCAACCAAUGAUUCGUCUACGAAAUCUGAACUACCGCAAGAUCAUGAAAAUAAAAAUUUCAAUGGAGAAUCAUCUUCGAAUUGUGAUUUGAGCACUGGGUUAACUUCAAAAGCAUCUGUAGUUGAAGAAAUUGAUGACAAUGACAAAAUUGAGGCAAAAUUUGAAUCCCAGUCAUCAGAUGCAAACAGGCAUCUCAAAGAAUGCAAAGAACAGGCAUCUCAAAGAAUGCAUGAAUCACAGGAUGGUGAAUUGGCUAUGAAUUUACAAAAGGAUAUCGUAUCUAAAAUUAAACAAUUGUCUAAAGAAAAUCUGAUGACAAUUUCUGAUUUAAAUCAAGAAUCACAGACAAGAUUGGAACUGCGCUCAAGAUCUCGGCCAAUUUUCAGCCUUGUGUCCAAGAAACUCCAGCCAAAAUUGCAAGAGACUAAAGAUCUUCUCAAUAUCGACACUGCAGAAACAUCAACAAGUUCUGAAGAGAAGCAGAAAACUGAGGCAACCAUGCAAUUUUCAACCAUUAAAAGAUCAGAUCAUGAUAUGGCAGUGGAGAAGGAAUCGAAAGUAGUGGAAGACAUUGAGAUAUAUGAAAUGGAAGAUAACAAAGAGAUUUACCUAAACUCAUGUUUGACUGACCAAGAAACAGAAGUAAAAUCCUUCGAUAGACUUGCAUCUAAGGAAAAUUCCAAAUCUGAAAUUCAACUAAUAGAUGCAAAUGAAAUGGAAUGGGAUGCACCAAUGACAAAAUCUGAAAAUUUUAGCCAAAGAUUUAAAAAACUGCAAUCAAAAUGGCAAGAAAAAGAUAAUUAUUCCACUUCACAUGUUGCACCAAAGUUUAAAUCGGAGAAGAUGCAAAGCAAUUCAUAUAAACUAAAAAAUGUCAAUGAUAAGACAAAAGAAGAAAUUACAUUAAAAUUGGAAGAAACUAAACCGACACAAAUCACAGCUGAUGUUAAGUGUAACAUAGGAAAUGAGACUGUUAAGAUGUUACCUCCUGAAGAACCUUUAGAGGAACAUUUGGUCCAUAAAACUGAAAUUAGGCCUAAUGUGGAUACCAUAGUCAAAGUAGAAAGCACCAUGAUAGAAAACUACAAACUCGAACAUUCUACGGCAGAACAGAAGCAGGACGAAGCAAAAAGAAUUCUAUGUCUGGAAGAGAUUAGAAAACUUGAAGCGUCAUUUGACCAACUUGCUGACAAGGUCUGUUCCUGGUUGGAUGGCUGUAGCAGUGUGCUGUCGGUCAGCUCUCACCCAGAACCAUGUUUCUCUGAGGCUUAUCACUCUCUGACCACACACAUGCAGCUGCAGGUCCAGGCUCAGACUGCAGGUGACGACGUGGAGUCGAUGCUGCAGAUGCUGGAUCAGCUGCGGUCCCUGUGCCCAGACUGCCCAGGGGACUCCGGUGUUGGGCCUAAAUUUAGUGCACGAGCAGAAGUCAUCCUAAAGGACCUGUGCACUGUCAACACAACUAUCCAGUCUACACUACAGCUGCUGCAGCCCUACGUCAUCUUCCUGCAGACAGCAGAGGAGGUGCUGGUAGAUUUUGAACAUCUGAAAAGGACUUAUGCUGACAGGCCUGAAGUGGAGGAGGCAGCAGAAGAAACAAGAUGGCAGACCGCAGUGCAAAAGUUCCUUACGACUCAAGAACUUGGGAAUACUUACAGAAGUCUUCUUAGCAAGAUGAUGAUGCCAGGACUAAACCCGGAGUCUGCCGACCACGCGGUGAUGGAGGCUAUGGCGUGUCUGAAGAGAGCAAAAGAUGAAGUGGAGGAGCUGCACAGAGAUUAUCAAAGACAAAUGAACAAGCUGCAAGAGGACAAGAAAUAUUGCCUCAAAUACAGACAGAGACUGGAAAAGACAGCGUCAGACCUGCAGUGUGUGUCGGAGCUGCUCGACUCGUGCAUGGUCAUAGACCUGGGCUCAGAGCAGCACACUUCCAAACUGAGACUACAGUUCACUCAGGCCAGACCACAUUUCACUCAACUGGAUGCCGAGGCUAACUUCAUCACGGCUAACUUUGAGACAGUGCGACGACUGCAGCAGAGACCCGGGCUGAGCGUAACUGAGAAGGUGACAGAGGAGGACGUGUCUGCUCUGCUGGACCUGCACCUGUGUUUCAAGCAAAAGGUGGAGGAGAGUGAGUCCAUCUUGGAGCUCAGCAACAGCCUGCACCUCCUCCACAAACAGUUGGCAGAACUUUUCCAGUCUAAACCAGUGACAUCAGGUCAGACUGGCUGUGCUGAGGAGAAGUUUAACCAUCUGAAAGAGCAGAAGGAGCAGAUCCACAACUUUUUCAACAGAGCCUCAAAUCUCAAGAUGGAUAUCUGCGAUGGGAUCAGAAACAGCAUUAUUCCGGGAUUCCGAGUGGAGCAGUUGGAAUCUCAUCUGCGGUCGUUGGACACUCAGCGUGUGGUGUGGCUGAGUGAGGCUGCUCAGUGUGAGGAGGCCCUGCUCAGAGAGAUGAAGACCCAGGCCCUGCUCAAAGACAUUCACCAGCUCCGGGACUCUUUUAAGGACCUGAAAAAGCGCUUUGGUAACCUCAAGGUCAACUACCUGAAGAGGAACGAUCGGAGCCGAAACAUCAAGGCUGCGAGGAACCAACUGCAGCAGGUGGACAUGUACGAGGACAAACUACAGGGCCUGAUAAGCCGCCUGCAGACCCUGACAGCCCGUGUGCAUUGGGAGCAGAAGGAGGGGGGAGAAGUCCGGGAGCUGGAAGACCUCUUGAAUGAGCUACACAGACAGAUGGGAGAGUGUGAGAGAGGUGUCAGGGAGCACCACAAAACACUUAACAUGACCUGCACUCUCCAGGAGGCCAUGGACGAGUAUCAGUUCUGGUGUGAGGAGGCCAGCGGGACCAUCUCUCGUGUGGGGAAGUUCUCCUCCGAUUGCCGCAGCUCGGAGGCAGUGUCUGCUCUGUACCGACAGUUUGAGAAGUUUGUGUGGCCCACGGUCCCACAGCAGGAGGAGAGGAUCAGCCAGAUCACAGAGCUUGCCACCAGGCUCCACGGAGCUGAGGAGGGGCGGCGCUACAUUGAAAAGACGCUCAGUAAACACUCAGAGAUGGUGACUGCCAUCAGAAAGCUGAGUGAUGGACUAUUGGAGUUAGAGGCAAGGCUUAAGUUGGAAAGUUUAAAGCAACAGCAGAAUGAUGAGGAGGAAGUGAUGAAAGAAGAUAAGCAUGUGGAGAGCAACGAACAGGAUACAGAAGUUAACCAGGAGGAGAGGAAGAACCGCGAGAAGUUCAAAUGUCAGGAACAAGUGGACAACCGCACAGUGAAUGAGGCAGCUGAGAUGUAUGAGCUGAAGGAAACUGGCCACACCCCUGAACUGACCAACAAGCAUGAUGGGAGGGAGAUACCAGUGAGGAGGCACUCGUUUAAUAAGAAACCUCCAUUGCAGAAGAAUCACACUCAGGAGACAGAUAGACAAGCUACGUCAUCAUUCUGCUCCACACACAUGUUCAGCCUCUCCUGUUCCCCUCUGGAGAGCAACAGACAGGUGUAUGCCAUCAUCAGCCCAUCACAGCCAGCAAUACCCAGCCAGCCCUCUCCCAGGAAAACAAAGAUAGAAGAAAAGGAUACAGCAGCUGACAGCUUGUUGUACACGGAACUGCUCCAUCCACACCCUGAUGCCCUGUCUGAGGAUUCCUUGUCCACAGAUGAGUAUGACUGCCCCUCUCCAGAUGACAUCUCUCUGCCUCCGCUGGCCGAUACCCCAGAGUCCCUCCUGCUCCCGUCCGACCUGGAGGAGGGCCUGUGCUUUAGCUCCCAGCACAGCUACCGGAGCCAUGCCCAAUCUGAACACAGAGAGUCCAGUGAGGCCAACCUGCACAGUGUCAACAGGGUCAGAACUGAAUCUGGCACAUUUUUCCCAUCUCCUGUGACCACCACUAUUCGCUCCACCACCACUGAAGGAAGCAGUGUUACACUGGCACUAGGCAGUUCCAACAUUCCAGCCCAAACUUCAAGAACCACUGAAACCAUACCCUCAGUUCAUACCCACAAGGACAAGAACCCUUCCCAAGAUGUCACUUUUACAGCAUCAGCCCAUGUAUCCAAAGAAAUCCCUAAUUUGCACCUGGAUAAUAGUUUACCCAAGUCAUUCCCUGUGUGCCAAAGCAGUAUUCACCAAGGAAUAAUUAGUUUGGAAGCAACUAAUCUAAGCGAUCAUGUUCAUAGAUUAGAGGAUUUUGAGAAAAGCCAGUCAGAUCCUAUUCUGGAAGACGUAGCUGCAAAUAUUAAAAUGCCAAAAUGUGAAAUUCCAAGUGUUGGCAUACCUAGCAAAAAUGAGUCUACAAUGAUCUCGUACUCAACUCCACUCCACAAUGAAGAUUUGGGACACAACCCUGAUUCACAGUAUGCCAAAUCAUCUACAAAUGGUCAAAGUACAGAUUCAAGCAAGGGUUCUCAUGACAAAAAUGCAGCAGCGGUAUCAUUAGCUAGCCUUACCACAACAAAUGUCAACGAAACUGUUUACUCCCAAUCAUCUAUGACUUCCAAAAGCUCGGUGCAAGGUGUCAUCAGUCCUACAUCAGAAGAAAUCUGGUUCACUAAAUCUUCUCACCACCAAAAUGUCACUGAAGACCAUAAAUCAAGCAUCAAUUGUAAGGAUGAACAGAUACACCAGAAUGAGAAAUUCAAGAAAGCUCCCCAUCCUGAAAGCUCUGACAAUAAUUUUGCCUCUUCUACCCAAGAAUCAGACAGCAUAAACCAUUUGAAUCCAUCCUGUAACACGACCACUAAUACUAAGCAGAACAACCACCAGACUUCCACCCAGCAGUGUGUGCAUGAUUCCGGCUUUAGCUCUCAACUUGCUGCCCCCCCACUGCCCGAAGCAAAGGUCAAAGCUUUGCCUCAGCAAGCUAACAUGCAUGUCACACCCACUUUUACCUCCCAUCAGCUACUACUAACUCCAGACCAAGACCCAGACAUUUGUCAACCCUGCACAAUCCGAGAGGAGAUCAGACUAACUCCACAAAUUAAGGGACCCUCCGUAUCCCCACAUGACCAGGAUGAGUGUUCCUGCUCCACCAAACCUGUGUCUAAAGCCACUGUCAUGGGGGGCUCUCCUGUGACGCUGGAGGUGGAGGUGACAGGACAGCCUGAGCCCACGCUCACCUGGUGUAAAGAUGACAGAGGGGAGGAAGAACUUGAUGCCAUAGCUGGAAACCAAAGCUGUGAAGAGGAGAGAGUGCUGGAUGGAGCUCUGUGUGAAGCCUGGCUGACAGCUGGAGCCAAUCAAGACAAAAACAGCACAGAUGAUGAUGAUGAUGAGGGGGAAGACAGAGGACUCAUGGCAGAGGUUUAUGACAUAAUUAUGGCUGACUGGCAGACUUGGUUUGGUACACUGUGUUUCCUGCUUUGGUUGCUGUUUUUAAUUAUAGUUUGAAUGCACUCUAUUAAGCUCAUUUGAUUAAACAUAAAUAUAAGUUAUUAAGAGCUAGAUCUAGAUUUUUUUGUUUUUUCUAUUUGUCCAUAUGCUUGGAUAUUUUAAUCACUACACAUUUA